ACUUAAGAACUUAAUAAAAAAUUUAAAUGUACUCCUUUUUUAUUUACUUAAGAAAAGAAAAAUUGGAGAAACAGAUAAAUGGAGUAAUAAGCAAUGAAAUGCCCUCUCUUUCCCAAGCUGGUAGCUUAUUUCCAGUACUUUUCUUAGCACUUUAUAUACACAAUCUCAUUUCAUCCUCACAAUGACACUUACAAGAUAGACAUAAUUAUCUCAAAGUUUUAAUAAAACUGAGUGUCUAUAGAUGUCAAGUGACUUGCAAGAGGCAGAAGCAGAAUUCAGACCCUUUGGAGCUGCUUGACUCCCACGCUCAUUCUUUCAUUAUAACUCUUUAUAAGACAAUGUGUAGUCAAACUAAAUUAUGGAGCCUUCUGGGCAAACUGAAACCCCAGUACAGAUCACACUUCAGGAAAUGAGGAAAACUGGGAUCAUGGACUCUAAGAUGCAUUUUUUUUUUCACAUUUUGACAUCUCUGAAAUUAGGUAUAUCUCACCAGGAAUGGUGGCCAUGGUUUAAUCAGCAAGACUUUCUUUUCCCCUUUCUUUGUGCUAGCUAAAAUAGUAGUGUGUCUUGCAGUCGGUUCUGAUAUUUGACUAAACACAGUAAGUUCAGCUACCAUUUUCCCAAUAUCCUGUCUGCAAAGGAACAAAUAAGAGUCAAACAAGUUCUGAAAUCAAGGGACGGGCAGAGAAGACCACAGCUAGGGUUUGACCUAAAACUUGGCCUGGGAAUUUGAAUCAGAGAGAAGGACCAAUGUUGAUCGCAUGUGGAAGAGAAGGCCAUCUGGCCCCAGCACUGCCUGAUAGAGGGCAGGGCCCCUUCAGUGCUUAUUUAAGUGAACUCAGUGAAGCUCAACUGUUCUGCAGUUGCCAGAACAAGAGCCAGGGUGCUUGAGAAAGCUGGACAGACCUGUGUAGGUCUGCAACAUCCUCUGAUGAUGUGGCUGGAUUAUAUACUCAGCAGAGAGCUGCCUGGCCUUUGUUUCUUCGGGGACUGAGAAAGAAAGUCAAUCUUUUUGUAAUUUGUACCAUCUUUCACCUAUGCCUUCACCUGAUAGUAAAUAUAGUCCUUUUAUGUUCUGUGAUCUAUCUGUGCUAGGGCCCUGAAGGAGAGAGAAGAGAAUUAUAUUUCUUGAGACAGUCCCAGAAGUAACAGAGAAGCCUCAAGGGUGGUGGUAGCACUGAUUUAUGGAACUUGGGGGUUAGGAGAGGAGCAUGGGCAACAGAGACUGAUGGCAAAGACCCUCAUUCUGUCACCUAAAAGAUGGGGAGAUGGAUGGCUGAGGCGGUAAUAGCCAAGUCUGAUGCUGCACAAAAUGUGAGCUCUAGAGAAGAGGGACUUGGUCUGGCUCAUUCUGUGCUAUAUCUCUAGUGCCAAAAACGGUGCCAGGUACAUUGAGGGCAUGCAAUAUAUGUCUGUUGUUGUUGUACAGCAUUGCCUCCCCUGCACAACCCCACCAAAAUGGCUGCUUUGGGACACACGUUCCCCUUCUAUGCUGGCCCCAAGCCAACCUUCCCAAUGGACACCACUUCGGCCACCAUCGUCAUGAUCUUUCUGACUGCACUGGCCACUUUCGUCGUCAUCCUGCCUGGCAUUCGGGGCAAGACGAGGCUGUUUUGGCUGCUGCGGGUGGUGACCAGCUUAUUCAUUGGGGCUGCAAUCCUGGCUGUGAAUUUCAGUUCUGAGUGGUCUGUGGGCCAGGUCAGCACCAACACAUCGUACAAGGCCUUCAGUUCUGAGUGGAUCAGCGCUGAUGUUGGGCUGCAGGUCGGGCUGAGUGGAGUCAACAUCACGCUCACAGGGACCCCUGUGCAGCAGCUGAAUGAGACCAUCAAUUACAAUGAGGAGUUCACCUGGCGCCUGGGCGAGAACUAUGCUGAGGCAUAUGCAAAGGCGCUGGAGAAGGGGCUGCCAGACCCUGUGCUGUACCUAGCCGAGAAGUUCACUCCGAGAAGCCCAUGUGGCCUGUACCGCCAGUAUCGCCUGGCAGGACACUACGCCUCAGCCACACUGUGGUUGGCAUUCCUUUGCUGGCUGCUGGCCAACGUGAUGCUCUCCAUGCCUGUGCUGGUAUACGGUGGCCACAUGCUGUUGGCCACGGGCAUCUUCCAGCUGUUGGCUCUGCUCUUCUUCUCCAUGACCACAUCACUCACCCCACCCUGUCCCCUGCGCCUGGGUGCUUCUGUGCUGCUUACUCACCAUGGGCCUGCCUUCUGGAUCACACUGACCACAGGACUGCUGUGUGUGCUGCUGGGCCUGGCUACGGUGGUGGCGCACAGGAUGCAGCCUCACAGGCUGAAGGCUUUCUUCAACCAGAGUGUGGACGAAGACCCCAGGCUGGAGGGGAGUCCUGAAGAAGGUGGACUCCUGAGUCCCCGAUACAGGCCCAUGGCUGACAGUCCAGAGCCCCAGGACAUCCCCCUGUCAGAGGCUUCCUCCGCCAAGGCAUGCUGUGAGGAGACGCACCCCAGAGAACCUGAAUGCGCCCUAUAACACCCCUGCCCCUGGAAGCCGCCUGGACUUCCAGUCUGGCUUCGAACCUCAUUGGAGUCCCAUAAAACCAGCAGAAUUGCCCUCAGGGUGGCUGGUACCAGACCCCCAGCACCAAUCUACAGACGGAGUAGAAAAAGCAGGCUCUAGAUACUGAUGUUAAAAAACAACAACAGCAAAAAGCCCUCAGGGGCUGAAGAGAAGAUGGGCUUGUCCAUAAAGCCUGUUGCCAUAAGACCAAGCAGGGGCUAUCUCUUCUCUGCACAGCAACCCUGCCUUUGUGUGAUGCCUGGCCUCUUCAAGAUGCUAUUCACUGAAACCUAACUUCACCCCCAUAACACCAGCAGGGGGGAGGGGGGACAUAUGAUUCUCCUAUGGUUCCCUCUCCUCCCUCCGCACCUCUUGUUUUCCUUUUUCCUGUUGUUCCUCCUUUACUUCCCCAGAUGUGUGACCUCUUCGUACAAUGAAAGACAACACCAGAAAGGAGAGGAAACAACUUCUCAGCCCAGGUCUAACAUUAA